AAAGGACAAAGAUCUGCGCGAUUGCUGUACAUUUUGUACCAUUGACAUCUUAAAGAUCUUUGAAACUAAGCUGGAAGACAAGAUUUACCUAUAAGGUUAGCGCUUUUAGUUGUGACAGCUUCAAACUUACGCAAUUUCGUCGCCACACCCCCCGUUGCGUCUUAACAAUCUUACAGCUGUCUCGUUGCAUCUUAAUCAACCGCUGAAGGGUAUCGAGGCGCUGCCGUAAAACACUGGGCUUUUACCGGUGACAUCAAAAUGGGGGGACAUGUAUCGAGGACUGACUUCGAAUGGUCAUACACAGCCGAACCACAUGCUUCAAGAAGGAAGGAAAUUUUAGCUAAGUACCCCCAAAUCAAGAAGUUGAUGGGCUAUGAUCCAAACUUCAAGUACCAAGUAUUGCUGUUAAUUGUGAUCCAGUUCACAUUGACAUAUGUGCUGAAAGAUUUCUCCUGGCCUAUCAUCUUUUUGGCUGCAUAUUUUGUUGGUGGCGUCAUCAACCAUGCAUUACUCCUAGCCAUACACGAGAUCUCCCACAACUUGGCAUUUGGCCAUGCACGACCAAUCCACAACCGAAUCUUCUCACUGAUUGUAAACUUUCCUAUUGGAGUACCAUGUGCCAUCUCCUUCAAGAAGUAUCAUUUGGAGCACCACAGAUACCAAGGUGAUGAAGAGCUGGAUGUGGACCUGCCCACAGAAUUUGAAGCCCGUUUGUUUUUUAACACAUUAACCAAAUUUUUCUGGGUGGUAUUUCAACCAUUCUUCUACUCAUUCCGCCCAAUGUUUGUAAACCCAAAGAAUCCUUUGGCUUUGGAAAUCUUCAACAUUAUUCUCCAGUUUGGUGUUGAUGCAGUGAUAGUGCAUUACUGGGGAGGAAAGGCACUUGUGUACAUGAUUGCAAGUUCAUUGUUAGGUAUGGGGCUUCACCCAGUGGCUGGGCAUUUUAUCUCAGAGCACUACAUGUUCGCCAAGGGUUUUGAAACCUUCUCAUACUAUGGCCCUUUGAAUAUGGUCACCUUCAACGUUGGUUACCACAAUGAGCAUCACGAUUUUCCAAGUAUUCCUGGUUCCAGACUACCCUUGGUGAAAGAGAUUGCACCAGAGUACUAUGACAACUUGCCACAACAUCACUCCUGGACAAAAGUACUUUUUGAUUUCAUCACUGAUCCAGCAAUUGGACCAUAUGCUAGGAUGAAACGAAAGGCUAUGAAGCCAAAAAAUAACAAGGAAUAAUAGAAAGACUUGAACCAACCGAGUGAGGAGAAAAACUUGUUCUAUCGGCAGUAUCUUGUGAGAUGUAAUAUUGUAGUUUGAUGUCAACAGACAGUAGUACUUUGAUAGUAUACUGUCAGUUAGGGGUAAUUAUGGGUUAUCAUGAGUGGUAUUUAAAAGGCUGAAUGUUUCUGUUGAAGUGAUGAAGAUUGAUCCCAAAAAAUAAAAAGUAAAAUAGUAAAAGUUUCCUUGAGGCAAAGUUACUGGACACUUUAAGGGAAAUUUGUUGAUUUUGAGGUCUCAGAAUUUUUCUUUGUCCCACACUUGUGACAAGACAAAAAACAUCUUUUUCUAUUUCUUUAUUGAGCAUCUCUCAUUCUAUUUACAAACAUGACGCUAUCGACAUUGCUGAUCCUAGCAGUAUGCAGGAUGCGUGUCAUAUGAACUUUGUAAUAGACCUCGUUCUCCACAGAGUCUCUCUGGCUCAGAAGUAGAACAUCAGAGUAGUUUUUCUGUUUUCGCACUCAUAACAAAACAAAAACAUCUUUCUGUAAUCUUAGAUUGUUUGUUAGCAAACCAAGAAUUUUUUCCUCUAGAAAGGCUUAUCUGUAGAGCAGUGUUCCAGGUUUUUAAAUUUACUUUGAGAAUUUUUUUACCUUUAAUGAACCAAGUUUCAUGAAUAAAUACACAAAUUAACUAAAUUUAAGCCUUUUUACAGAAGUAUUUUCUUAUUUAUUAUUUUCAAAACUUCAUGGAAUUUAUGAUGUCAAAAUAAUAUAGUGUACAGUUUAAGUCCUGAAGGUUUUUGUUUAGGGAUGUUUGAGGUUAUAGUUAUGAUAUUUCUUCUAUUCCAGAGAGAAUUGGUUAACAAUAUUGAGAAAGAUACUUUCAAUCAGGAUCAAAAUGCUAGAAGCAGACUUACAGAAACCUUCCAAGGACUGAUUAACUCUCCCUUUCAACUGUGGCAUACUUCCUGGUAAAUUAUUUAAGUGAAUGCACAUGCAGUGUUAUGUCAGAAAAUACACCUUGCUUCAAGGAUUGACUUUCAUAGUCCCUGCUUUUGUUGGUUAAUGUAAUUAUACUGAAAUUCCUCAUGACAUGCACCUAAAUCCUAUUCUCAGCCUUGCAGGAGUAAAUGAAACUAAUAGCAGAUGAUCAUGUUGAAAUUUUGCAUAUAUGUUAUUACCUGUACUUCAAUAUCAAAUUCCUAAAAGAAGAAGAUAAGUUAAUUGAAAUAUAACAAAAC